UAUCUAUAAAUUUGAAAUGUUAACUGGUAAUUUUCUGUCUUUUCUCCCCCUAGAAUGUUGGCUUCUAGGGCAUUUAACCUAAUUGGCAAGCGUGCCAUUUCCACCUCCAUCUGCAUGAGAGGACAUGGUAUUGCGAAAGUGGAAGACUUCAGUCUUCCGAAUUAUGUAGAUCGUCGUACCAUUCCCCUGCCUGAAGUGGAAUAUGUAAAGAAUCUCUCUGCUGAGCAGAAAGCCCUGAAAGAAAAGGAAAAGGCAUCAUGGAGUGCCCUCUCCAUUGAUGAGAAGGUUGGAUUGUAUCACAUCAAAUUCAAUGAGACCUUUGCUGAAAUGAAUAGGGGAUCACGUGAGUGGAAGACUGUUGUUGGUGGUAUUCUCUUCUUCAUUGGCUUCACUGGCCUUAUUGUCAUUUGGCAGAGAAUGUAUGUUUAUGGUCCUAUUCCUCACACCUUCUCUGAGGAAUGGAUUGCUAUGCAGACCAAGAGAAUGCUGGACAUGAGAAUUAACCCAAUCGAGGGUUUCUCAGCCAAAUGGGACUACGACAAGAACGAAUGGAAGAAGUAAAAUCACUCCUGGGAUCACUGGACCACUGUCCUCUUGAAUUUUAAAUGAUUCCAUUACCUACAUGUGACCUCAUUGCUUAUGUACUGGAACAAACUCUCCAUUUAAAUAUAAAUGCUAAUAAAUGUCUGGUUUACUUGAAA